AUGGGCUCCAUAUACCAGAUUGGUGCCCUAGUUGAGAAGGAUUCUUUAGAGAGUGAAGAAAAAGAGAUCAAAGAGGUAGAGAUAAAGCCCAAAAGUAAAACGGAUAAACGACCGAGGUUAGCCUCCCACAAGGACAACGAGGGAGAAAGAGGCACCGCACAUGCCCAGGUGCAGGCAUACGAGGGUGUAGUAUUGGCCAAGAAGCAUGAAGCCAUGGUCUUUGCUUGGGAGAUCAUGGAGUCAUUGCAGGAGAUGUUUGGUCAAUCGGCCACUCAUCUCAGGCAUGAUGCUUUAAAGUCCAUUUUUUAUGCCCGUAUGCAAGAAGGGGCGUUUGUUAGGGAGUAUGUCCUUGACAUGAUGGUCCACUUCAAUGUGGCAGAAAUGAAUGGCACUGUCGUAAACAAAGUCAGUCAAAUUAGCUUUAUACUUGAGACUCUUCUGAAGAGUUAUCUCUAG